UUUUGCAAGAAAGCUGCCUCCCACAGGCUUGGAAGUGGACAGUGCUCUAACAGACAUACAGAGGACACAAGGGUAGAAUACCAUAGAAGAAAAAGAAAACAGAAAAGGAUUUUGUUAAGAAUGGUAAAAAGGAGGGAGCAAAGAAUGAGAAAAGAGUGAUAAAGAGGGCUGUUAAAAAAAAGGUCCUGUGUGCUGUGUGAAAACCCUCGUAAACAUUCAGCCAGUUUGUCUGUUUCUUUAGCCUGUCAUUACUGGUUGAGGACAAUCCCAGGAAGUGAGUUUGUACACUAAAACCACUACAUUGUUGACAGAAUAUCACUGUGGUGAAUCUGUCUGUGAAUUCGAAAUCACUACUAUCAUUAAAUAACAUAGAUAACUAACAAAACUAGCUUCAUCAUGGCCCCCAAGAAGAAGGCACCUCGCCCCAAAAAGACAACUCCAGAACCAGCACAGUUGGAGAGUGGAGUAGUGGUCCCAGAGAUAGGUGUGAAAAAACUAGAAAUGCCUCUCAGCAUUGAGCAGCUAAAUCAUCUCAACGGAAUGCCCCUGCCACCAGUGAUCCGGCCUGGAGAGAGGGGUUUUGGUCUGGGUGGUGAAAUGACCCGACCACUACAUGGAUCUGCUCUUCUAGAGGAGUUGAGUCGUAUGAGACAGGAACGCUUCCUCACUGACCUGGAGCUGGCUUGCAAGACUAAGGCCUUUGAUGUCCACAAGCUGGUCAUGUCCUCUGUCAGCCAGUAUUUGCGUGAAGUUCUAGCCAAAGACCCAAGCCUCAAGCGCUUGGAGUUACCUACCAUAUCACCCUUAGGUCUAGCCAAUGUGAUCACCUUUGCUUAUCUUGGCCGUGUGCACAUGUCUCUCUACACUAUUGCCUGUACUGUAUCCGCGGCCUGCACACUGCAAAUCCCCCAUCUCCUCCAGAUGUGCAUGGACUUCCUGAUGGCUGAGUUAAACGUGCACACUUGUGUUUAUGUGUGGAACAUUGGAGCUGCUUAUGGCCUGGUCCCUGUGCGUGAUUCUGCACGCCGCUUUGUGCUGGAAAACUUUGCCCAGUUUGCAGAGACACCCCAGUUUACUCAGCUAACCCUAGAACAGAUCAUUGCUUUUCUGCAGGAUGACAAACUUAUCCUGCCUUCAGAGGUCACUGCCUUCCAGGUGGCCAUGAAGUGGUUGGACUUUGAUCCAAAAAGGCAGGUUCAUGCUUAUGACCUACUAUCUCACGUGCGGUUCGAGACUAUCCCCGCCAGCGAGCUGGUCAGAGAGAUUCAGCCUGUUGCUCGCAUGAUGCAGGAUCCUCAGUGCCACCGUCUGCUGGUGGAUGCCAUGAACUACCAUCUGCUACCGUACCAGCAGAACGCUCUACAGUCCCGCCGUGCAAAGGUCCGAGGCAGCCAGACUGUUCUACUAACCAUCGGUGGACGCCCCUCCCUUACAGAGCGUGCCCUGAGUCGAGAAGUGCUAUGGAGAGACCCUCGUGAUGGAGUUGCUACAUGGCGCCAUCUUUCUCAGCUUCCUGCAAAGAGCUUUAACCAGUGUGUUGCUGUGAUGGAUGGUUUCCUAUAUGUGGCAGGUGGAGAGGACCAGAACGAUGCGCGAAACCAGGCCAAACAUGCUGUCAGCACUCUGUGCAGAUAUGACCCUCGCUUUAACACAUGGCUGCACCUUAGUAGCAUGCGCCAGCGGCGCACUCACUUUAGCCUUGUUGCCACAAAUGGCCGCCUUUAUGCAAUUGGUGGCCGUAACACUGAUGGCUUACUGGCCACCACUGAGAGCUACCUGCCCUCCACCAACAGCUGGCAGCUCCGUGCUCCCAUGGACAUGCCACGCUGUUGCCAUUCCAGUGCUGUCUUACCGUCUGGAGACAUCCUAGUGACUGGUGGCUAUGUCAACUGUGCUUACUCUUGCUCUGUGGCCUCCUACAUUGUACAGAGUGACUCCUGGAGUGAGCAAGCACAGUUGGAGAUGCCACGUGGUUGGCACUGCUCCACCACACUGGGUGGUAAAGUUUAUGUGGUGGGUGGCAGCAGGCUGGGCCCUAGUGGAGAGCGAGUGGAUGUGCUAAUCACCGAGGUGUUCUCACCUGAAAACGGCCAGUGGAGCAGGGCUGCCUCCCUGCCCUUGGGAGUAAGCACAGCUGGUCUUGCAUCCCUUAGUGACAAGCUAUACCUUGUGGGUGGAUGGAACGAAGCUGAGAAGCGUUACAAAGCAGCAGUGCAGCGCUAUGACCCAGGUACCGACAGUUGGUCGUCUGGAGAAGAGCUGCCAGAACCCACAGUGGGUGUAUCCUGCUGUUCACUGGAACUACCCCCACGCCACACUUCACGCAAGCAUCGUAACACACCCAGCCAUGAAGAACAGGGUUUCAUGACUGCAUGAGAGAGGAAAUGAGGGAGGAAAGAAUGAGGCCAAGAUUAGUAGUGAGGUGAGAGAGAAAGCGAAUAGAGAAGGGGUGGACAGUUACUAGACAGUGAGGAUUCAACAAGUAAAGGAAGGAGAUGGCAUGGAGGAACUCCUUUUUGCUAAGGUAGCAUUAUGUUUCAAGUCGUGAAGGACAUUUAGAGUCAAAACAUAGUGCUCACUUAUUAAUAUGAAAAAGCCUAGGCCAACAAAACAUGAGUACAUGGGUUAACAAUAAAUGUAACAACAAAAUCUAUUCAUCUUAGUAUAUCUGUUACACUACAUAUUUAUUGAAUCCUAAUUAUUUUGAAAAUUGAUCAUACCAAGAAUACCCUAAGGACUAAAAAUUAAGAAAAUUAAUUCAUAUUAAGUAUCUGGAUCAUGGUCAUGGUGAAUCCAGAGUUUAUCCUGGGAACACUGGGCACAUGAUGGGAAUACACCCUGAACGGGACUCUAAUCUAUCACACGGUACCAUUCACACACAGUACUAACUUGUUUUUAGAUGUAUUUAGAUGUAUUUAGAUGUAUACAUGCAACCACAAAGGUUCCCAUCAUGUAGAUUUAUUCAGUGAAUGGACUGUUAAGAGAAAGACAUGUUCCCUCAGACAUGUUAAGAGAAAAUAUAACACUGAGCUUCUAGGACAUCAAUAAACUAUAAAUUAACUAUACAUUAUAAACUAUAAACAAUUCCCUAAACUAUAAAAACAAGUUAAAAAAUGUAAAAGCCUGAUAUUUCAGAAAAGUCAGUCAACCCCAACCUGGUAAAAAUGAAAAACCACUAUAUUCAGUACCAGAUAUUCAGAACCAGUCUGUAUUUUUUAGAUUUGAAUAUCAAUAUAUAGUUUGUCCAAUAAAUUCAUUCAUUCAUCUUCUACCGCUUAUCCGAACUACCUCGGGUCACGGGGAGCCUGUGCCUAUCUCAGGCGUCAUCGGGCAUCAAGGCAGGAUAGACCCUGGACGGAGUGCCAACCCAUCGCAGUGCACACACACACACACACACACACACUCUCACUCACUCACGCACUCACACACUACAGACAAUUUCCCAGAGAUGCCAAUCAACCUACCAUGCAUGUCUUUGGACCGGGUGAGGAAACCGGAGUACCCGGAGGAAAUCCCCGAGGCACGGGGAGAACAUGCAAAUGCCACACACACAAGGAGGAGGCGGGAAUUGAACCCCCAACCCUGGAGGUGUGAGGCAAACGUGCUAACCAAUAAGCCACCGUGCCCCCUUCUAAUAAAUUAAUAUACAAUAUCUGAGCUUACCUGGUAUUAAUAAUAAAUUUAAAAAAAUCUAUGAAACCUUAUUAAACUAAUACAAUGUCAUCUUUAUUUUGUUCAUAAGAGUAUGCAAACCAUUGCAUAAGACCAUAGCUAAUAAUUUGCAAUGAUGAGCCAUAUAUUAAAAAUAUAAUUUCCACUUGUCUGGCUAACAUGCAUCUACAUUUCUGGUGCCAUCACCUUCUACCGAGGCCAUUCCACUGUAUACAAAACCCUAAGAGUGCCAGUGAACGUCCUAGUGAGAAAACACUGCUCCAGACAGAGAGAAUUUUGAAACGAAUAAAUAAAAGAAAAUGAAAUGUCACUGAUAAUGUGGAUAGUUUUACUUACAAUGUUCCCUUUAUGGUCACCAACCGAUUAAGGCUUCUGCUUUGUGUUGAAUGUUGACAAUGUAGGUGUUGCAAAUGGCAAAUGGCGCAUGGUGUCUAAUUCUCUAGGAUAGGAUUUCACUUGAAUAAAGCCAAAAUGAUCAAAG